AAAAGGUCAAAAAUAAUAGUACAGAUAUUUAGACCUGUAUUGCUGUUUUUACAAGUGCCAGUGUUUGUUUAAAAGCUGGUCAUUUAGUGAGUUAGCUAGCAGCUAUCACCUCAGCAGCUGGUAGCUAUGGCUGCAGUUAUUCUGAGUUUCCCAACUCUGCAGGGUCUGAGGAUAUUCACACAAAAAUUGUCAUGGACCAAAAGAGGCGUGAGGUUCGUUUCAGGAGAGGUGGGAAGGAUAGAGAAGGUGCUGAUUGCCAAUCGAGGAGAGAUUGCGUGUCGUGUGAUGCGCACGGCCAAGAAGAUGGGCGUCCGCUCUGUGGCUGUGUACAGUGACGCAGACAGAGACUCCAUGCACGUGGCCAUGGCAGAUGAAGCCUAUCAUAUCGGCCCCGCCCCCUCCCAGGAGAGUUACCUGUCGAUGGAGAAAGUUUUGGAAGUGGCAAAGAAGUCUGGAUCACAUGCUGUCCACCCUGGCUAUGGCUUCCUGUCAGAAAACACAGAGUUUGCGGAGGCGUGUAAACAGGAAGGCAUCAUAUUUAUUGGGCCACCUUCCUCUGCCAUCCGAGACAUGGGCAUUAAAAGCACAUCCAAAUACAUCAUGUCAGCUGCCGGGGUGCCAAUCAUUGGUGGUUACCAUGGAGAGGAACAAUCAAAUGAGAGACUGCAAGCAGAGGCGGCCCAGAUAGGAUUCCCUGUGAUGAUUAAAGCAGUCCGUGGAGGAGGAGGGAAGGGAAUGCGUAUCGCACGGUCAGACUCAGUAUUCUUGGAACAGUUGGAGUCUGCGAGACGAGAAGCCAGAAAAUCCUUCAACGAUGAUGUCAUGCUGGUUGAGAAAUUUGUAGAGGAUCCCAGACACGUGGAGGUGCAGGUUUUCGGGGACAUGCACGGUAACGUUGUCUACCUGUUUGAGAGAGACUGCAGCGUCCAGAGGAGACAUCAGAAGAUCAUAGAGGAGGCGCCGGGGCCUGACAUUAGUCCUGAGGUUCGGAGGAAACUUGGAGAGGCAGCAGUUAAAGCUGCCAAAGCUGUCAACUACGUAGGGGCAGGGACGGUGGAGUUUAUAAUGGACGCCCAGCACAACUUUUACUUCAUGGAGAUGAACACCAGGCUGCAGGUGGAGCACCCCGUCUCUGAGAUGAUCACUGGGACCGACCUGGUGGAGUGGCAGCUCAGGGUGGCAGCAGGAGAGCGCCUGCCUCUCCUCCAGGAUGACAUCAUUCUGAGGGGACACUCUUUUGAGGCUCGGAUCUACGCCGAGGACCCCAACAACGACUUCCUCCCAGGGGCGGGGCCUCUGCUGCACCUCUCCACCCCGGCUGCAGACCAACACACACGCAUAGAGACUGGAGUCAGGGAAGGGGACGAGGUGUCGCCACAUUACGACCCCAUGAUUGCGAAGCUGGUGGUGUGGGGGGAAGACCGCUCUGCCGCUUUAAAGAAGCUGCGGUACUGCUUACGCCAAUACAAUAUCGUGGGACUGAACACUAACAUUGACUUUCUGCUGAGUCUUUCCGGUCACCCUGAGUUUGAGGCUGGAAACGUGACGACCAGCUUCAUCCCUCAGUACUACGCCGACCUCUUCCCCGCUCCCAGGGCUCCCUCUGGGGAGACCAUCUGCCAGGCGGCCCUGGGCCUGGUGCUGCAGGAGAAGAGACACACACAGGCGUUUGUACAGGCCUCCAAUGACCCCUUCUCCCCGUUCGGAUCCAGCAGUGGCUGGAGAAGCAACAUUCAGUAUAACAGAAACAUGACUCUACAGCUGGGAGACAAAAGUAAAAGUGGAGGUGGUUGUUGGGUACAGCAAAGAUGGCAGCUACACAAUGCAGCUUGGCGACGAGGUGUACCAUGUGACCGGGGAGGUGGAGCUGGAAGGUGGAGCGUCGUUCCUCCACUGCUCUGUCAACGGCGUGAAGUCUCGUCCCAAACUGGUGAUCCUGGACAGCACGGUGCAUCUGUUCUCCACGGAGGACAGCUCCCAGGUGUCCGUGCCUGUCCCAAAGUACCUGGCUGCUGUGAGCGGGGCGGGGGCCCAGGGCGGAGCGGUGGCCCCCAUGACCGGGACCAUAGAGAAGGUGAUGGUGAAGGCCGGAGACACGGUGGCUGUCGGAGACGCACUGAUGGUCAUGAACGCCAUGAAGAUGGAGCACACGAUCCGGGCCCCUAAGGCAGGUGUGAUCAAGAGGGUCUUCUUCAGCGAGGGCUCGCAGGCCAAUCGGCACGCUCCUCUGAUCGAACUGGAGGAAGAGGAGGUGGAGGAAGGGAGCAGCCAGUAAACAGACUCAGAAAAACAACCACGCCCUAAACACACACUGACAGGUGGCAGGGAGGCGGAGCUAGUUAGUGAGACAGCUGCAGGGGGAGGGAGUCUGGAAAUGGUUAGUGUUCUGAAGAUGAGACAGGAUCUGAAUCUGGAGUGAGUGGAUUAGACAGAAAACCCUCGGGACCCAACCCUCCUAUGGGUUAGGGUAGAAGCUGCUAAAGUCACCUAAAAUGUUUUUGGGCUUCACUUGUGUGUCAGCUGCUCGCUAAACACCACAUCAGCCUCUCAGCUGCCAUACACACUUUAGAAUAGCACUUUUAUUUUGAUUUCUCUUUCUUGUGUGUUUAUGUUCUUGAAUCAAUGAAGCUCUGGUAAUUGUUUGCCUUUUCCCCAUGUCUCCUCUCUUUGUUUCUGUCAGUGAUGUUAGUUUAAGUUGUCUUUUUCAGGACAGUGAGUAUUUCUUGAUCUUUACAAGGUGACGACAUCAAACACUUGUGUUUAAGCAAAUCUGAUAAAGUGUGAAAUCAGAAACCGUUCUUUCAGAAUUAGUGCAAACUGUUCAAUUGUGCUUCCAGACCGACUCCCUACUCUUCAUCAUUUCCCCUGAAAGUGUGAUUAUUAUUAAAAAUAAACCAGAUCUGCUCAGCCGUUGUUGUUGUUGUUGAAGAGAUUGUAGCCUGACAAAAAGAGAAAGGUAGAACAACACUCCAAAAGGAAGAAAAGAUUCCCAUCUUCUCAGACCUAGUCUGAUGAUGCCCUGUAAAGUAUGACCUGUGUGUCACGGACAGAAGGAGGUUUCUGUGUUUCCGCUGAUCGCUCUCUUUUUUACUAACUUGUGUUCUGAGGCCUUGUAGAUUUAAACUGAUGAUCACUUGUGUUCAUUUUGCAGAUGUGACAGAUGACUAGAAAAUAUUGUAUUGAAAAUACUUUAAUAAAAAUGUUUCUAAAGUAU